AUGUCGGAAAGCAAUGCUCCUGAACACGACAAUCAACCAUCCACUGCUUCCGACGUGUCCACGUCGACUCAGGACGUGAACGCAAACGAAUCUGCACAACACCAGCAGACCGAGCCGGCAGCUUUGGACGCAGUACCGCUUUCGCAAGCUGCUCUGACCUCGAGCGAUGACGUCGAAAGCGUGUCGCCUGCGCAACCUGCACCGAGUCCAGUGAUUCCCGGCACAUUCGACCCAGCCGCUCUUUCCGCAUCAGCACCAUCUCCUAUCGCCAGCACAUCCAGCUUCUCGAACACUACCGACAAGCCGCUACCCAUCAUUACAGAUCAAAAUGCUGCAAGCUCAGCAUCAGCUCCGGAUCAGCAACGCCAGUUCGGCGUCGCCGGUCCUUCCUCACCCAAAGCAGAACUCGAGUCGUCCAUGAUCACGGCCGUCAGUCCUGUUCGAAGGUCCAUCUACAAACGCAAGUUGGGCUCCAAGCCAAAAGGUAUCCUGAAGCCGGCUCCGCCUCCUCAAAAGGGAUUUUCCUUCCGCAGAGAUAUUCUCCAGAACAUCAACACUCGUCUCGCUCAGCAAGGCGUCAAUGUCCAAGUACCAGUGCCCCAAAGCGGAACAGCACAGGCCACCGCUUCCUACAUCGGAGGCAUGUUCCGCAAGAUUGGUGGUAUGGCUGCCGGAGCUGCUGCCAAUGUGAGUGGAUCCAGUGCCACCACCGUCGGAGGUUUUCUCAACAACGACCAGCAAACAAGCAGCAACGGUUCCGCACCACAUUCCUCGAUCAGUAGCUUUAAUUCGAACGUCAACAGAAGCAGCGUCAGCAUCAGCACCACUGCUUCUUCCUCAGGCUCCACCGUCGUCGCUUCGCAGCAGAACGACUCUGACAAUGGAUCGACAUCUUCAAUGGUCAAAAGCACCGUCGUCUCAUCCACAACCUCGGCCGCACCGCUCAAGAAAGUGCAAUUCCAAGUCUCACACAUGACCGUCACAUACCCCAUCGUGGGCGCAGGAACGCCUGAAGACGAGGACCUCACCCGUCUUCGCAUCGAGCGGGAGCAUCGUCGCAUGCUCAAGGCCCGUCGUGGAAAACCAUGGACACCUGAGCAACUCGAAGCACUGUACCGAGAAUGCUGCCGAACACGCGAAGAGCAUCCAUUGAAAAAGAUGCGGCUCGUCUUCCAAGAAGCUGCUCAAGCGACCCCGCCGGCGCUCAAGACCAUGGACCUUUCCUUCGUACCGCUUGACCGACACGCUGUCGAGCCCAUCGCGGACCUGCUCAGCGUCGACUUUGGUCUCAACAAGCUCGUCCUCGAGAACUGCGCCCUCACAGAUGACACGGUCAAGUCAAUCCUGCAUGCUUUGCUUGUCUCGGGCACGCUGCCCAAUCUCAGCAUAGCGAGCAAUCGCAAGAUUCGCUUCCGCGGCUGGAAGUACGUGGCCAUCUUCAUGCGUCGUGCGCGUGCGCUGCGCUAUCUAGAUUUGUCCGAAAACUCGAUCGAUCGUCUCUCGCUCGAGCAUAUUCUGGCGGUCAUCACCAAGCCGCCAUCGGCCGUCACAAACGGACGCACGCCGCAAGCUUCCGAUGCGAAAGCUGACACGAACGGCGCAGGGCAGUCGAAAGCCAAGACAGGUGCUGAUGCUGAUGACACUGUCGGCGAUGGUGAGGACGAUGGUAGUGACGACGAGUUCUUUGACGAUUUGGGAGAACCGCUCAUGCCAACCGCCCCGCUGCUUCGUGAUGUUUCGGACGACCCUGAUCCGCCGACCUCAGCGAUCAUCUCUCUGCGUCUCGAGAACUGUGGCCUCAAGGCGGCUUCGCUCGAGAUGCUAUCCCAGGCGGUGCGGUUCUCGGACAUUCGACACCUUUCCCUCCGUCGCAACAAGAUCGGUCAGCUUGCAUCGGUGGCACUCGCCAUCAUGCUCAAGGAUUAUCCGGAUAGCGUGUUUGCGUCCGAGUCUCAAGCGGCAGGAACGCAGGAACGCGAUGCAAAGUCGUACUUUGAGUCGGCUGCAGCUGCUGCCUCGGCAUCCGGUACAGCGGCUGCUGACGCGUCGGAUCGGAGUGGGCGCGCGUUGAGAGCGGGCGAUGCAUUGACCACACCGGAACGUCGUCAACGCAGCUACUCGCCUGGCUUGCCGGAUGUUCCUGUCAUCGUCUCGAGUCCGGGGGGCGGUAUCACCUCUCGCAGGAUGCCUGGCCAUGUCAACGGUGGGAGCGAUCAAAGGCCGACGACGUUCUACGGCGCGCACACGGAGCAGCUUCAGGAUGCCAUGCAGACGAGCAUCGCCGGACCGACGGCUGAACUCGAUCUCAGCUUGACCCCACAACAGCGACUCGACAUCCGCCGCAACUCGGCACCCAACCUGAGCGAAGAAGAGGCCGUCGCCAUCUACCAAGCCAAGCGCGCGCGGCGGAUCCUCGCCGACCUACCGCGUGUCGGCAACCUGCUGACGCUCGAUCUGAAAUCGAACGACAUCCGCGGUGGUGUCGUGUACCUUGCUCAGGUGCUCAAGAAGAACCGGACGUUGCGCGUCCUCAACCUGAGCGACAACAAUAUCGAGAUGCCCGGGUUGGUGGCGGUGGCGGAAGCGCUUAAGUACAACUCGACGCUCGAGACGCUGGACAUGUCUCACAAUCCGUGUUCGGGACCUGGUCUCGAAGGCAUCACCACGCUGCGCACCGCUUUCGCGCUGAACUCUCAACUUAAGCGGUUGUUCCUCAACGACACGAAUCUGUCUUCGGAAGCGGCGAUUGCGUUGGCGGAGUUCUUGCCGGAAGCCAAGAGCUUGAUCCAUCUGGAUCUUGCGGAGAACUUUUCCAUCGACAUCGCCGGUGUGAUGGCCUUGGCGGUGUCAUUGCGCAUGAACCGGAGUUUGAGGUGUCUGGAUCUGAACAUUCCUGCGAACAAUCCGGAUUUCGCGAGGUUGAGUCAGGAGAUCCUGCAGAGCUGCGUGAGGAACACGGAGGCGGCGCAGCAGAGGGCGGAGAGGAAAGGGUUGAAGCAGAAGGUCGCUGCACCGAUCUACCGAAGUGUGGUGGCGAGGGCGGUGAGGGAGAACGAGGAGAGGGUUAGGAAGGAGGAGAUCGAGAGGGAGGGGGAAGUGAGGAGGGUGAAGGAGAGGGAGAGGGCGGAGGUGGAGGCGUUGGUGGGAAGGGCGAGGGACUGCGUGGGGUUGAUGAAGGAAGUGGUGGAGGGAGAGGGGAGCGGGGAGGUGGUGGAGGAGCUCAAGAAGCAGGGUGAGAAGUUGCGGAAGAAGCUGGGUGAGGUAGCGGGGAGAGUCGAGGAAGGGGAUUUGUUGGAGAAGGUGUUGAUGGUUCAUGAUGAGUUGGAGGAGGUAGGCGCCAGGUUGGAGAGGAUCUAUGCGAAGGAUGCACCGGUGAGGAAGAGCUCGCAAGGAGAAGUAGGACUAUCAGCGCAUCUCUCGACACCGGAUCAGGAGGUGGCUUCGGGGUUGAGCUCGCCUGCAUUCUCCAUCGCGGAUUCAGACGAGGACUCCGAGGACGACUCGUCACACCAACGCAAGGCAAGAUCAUCUUUCUCUGGUGGUGCAAUUCCACCCUCUGAAGCGGCGCCGCUGUCCGAAUCAAUGCUCGGGCUGCGCAUCCAGACCGACCAGCUGGAACCCCUCUCCGCCGCGCGCGAAGAGCCCCCUCCCGAGCCUCAUCCACCACGCUCACCCACCGAAAACCUGGCCAAGGGACAGCUGAGCGAAGAAGGCGAGCUGUUUCGAAAAGCCCGCAGUCUGGGUCUUGAUGGUCACGACAGUGACGAUGAAGCCGAGACCGACGAGCAGCCGGUCGAGAACGAACGCAGAUCCCCCACCGCAGCCUCUGGUUCGCUCGGUGAAAGUGCGGAUACAGGUGCGCCGGCUAGCGAGGGUGUCGCAGUGGAAUCCCUGCAGGCAGCUGUGCACGAUUCGGAGAUGUCUGGGGAACAGCUGAGGAAGGAUCUGCUCAAGGUGGAGGUUCCGCCCAAGAGCGAUGCCCCCACCACGCCGUAG